UUCUGAAGGUUGACUUGAACAGGUGAGACGUCACGUGACCACCGUACACAGAAGUCAUUCAAGCAGUUGAACCGAGUCAUGCCUUGGGAGUUAUUAUUUUUUAUUUAACUAUAAUUCCUAAUGUUUUAUCCACUGGGGCUGGAUGAUACGAUAUAAUCCGAGGACCAUAGCGUGUGCCUUGCGAUUGAACACCCGGAAUAAGAAGGAAAGAGAACGAUUUUACCUUACAAAAUGACUUCGAAACAGUUGGCUUUCAUUCUGAUAUGUACUUUAUGGAACAGGAUAUCGGUGUGUGCUGGAGAAUCCCUGUGCACCCAAGCCCCAGAGUUUCAGUUGCCCCGUGGGGGGCAGUCUGAGGUGUGGGAGACCCUGGGUUCCUUUGUGGCUCUGAACUGUACAGCCGCGUUGUCCUGGAACCAGACGGACCAGCGGUGUGACGCUACCUCCCGGACACUGCUCUGGAGCAAAGAUGGGACCCCUCUCAACCUCAGCCUUUACCCACAGAACACAUCCACCUGGACUCCCAGCCAAUCCCAAAUGAUUGUGAGCAGUGUGCUGCAGGUCCAGGUUAGAGAGCAGGCUGACUUUGGCCUCUACUCCUGUGAGGUGAGGAACACCUCUGCUGACUUCAGCCUGCAGAAUACCGCCCAGCCCAGCCACACAGCAUCAGUGAUAGCAGCCAUCGGUCUCCUCCUGAUCCUGACUGUAGCUGCUGUUGUCUACUCCAGGUGUCGUCUCAAUAUCAAACUCUGGUACAGGAACUCCUAUGGAGACUAUGAGAUCAAUGAUGGGAAGCUGUAUGAUGCCUACUUCUCCUAUGUCAACAACCAAUACGACAGAAAGUUGGUCAACUUCAUCCUCAAACCUCACCUGGUGAACAAAUCUGGACAUAAGCUACACCUCAGUGAUAACAACAUCCUACCUGGGGGUGAGCCAUGUGCUGAGUUCCUGAUGAAUGUUAGUCACUGUCGGCGCCUCAUUGUAGUGAUGUCACAUGCCUACCUAGAACAGGACUGGUGCUGUAACAACUUUAGACAGGGCCUUCUGCACCUGCUGGAGCUGUCCCAGAGGCCCAUCAUCAUCAUCACAUUGGAGGGUCAGGUCAAACUCAUGAGACCCGAUGUGGUCCAGCAACUCAGAGAACACCAACACAAACUCACCUUGCUCACCUGGUCGGGAUCACACUCCAUGCUGCCGUCGUCAGUGUUCUGGAAGGAGUUGGCCCUGGCCAUGCCUCAUAGGGUUGUGUUCCACAGCCACACGGCAGGGGACCCCCAGACCCUCUUCCAAGACGAUAAGGACCCCAUGCUCACCCUCAACCCAGACUACCUGGACUGUCGCCCUGACCCUGACCCUGUUGGAGACCUGGGCCUUCGUCUCCCAGUCUACAAGGCACUGACAUCCAGAGCCCCUGUGCUGCCUAUGUUCCCCUCGGUCCCUGCAUCCCUGACUGAGUCCAAACUCUCGGAUAUAGAUGUAUCGGACCUGGGAUCGCGCAACUACGGAGCUCGCAAUGACUUCUACUGCCUGGUUACAGAGGACAACAUCUAAGAAAGACUGUAUAGCUUCUGAAGAAAAAAGGAGAACAAGAUCUCCAACUUCUACUCUUCACUCUUAACUUCAGUCUGAAUGUAAAACAGGUUCUCUCACCAACACUAUCUACAACUUCCCUGUGUAUGUUUCCAUAUUCAAGCAAGUGUUACAUUUUUUUCAAGUGAAUAAUUUUAUUCUUGGAACAAGUUUGAUUUUAUCUGUUUAUUGAGAUUUGUCCAUAUUUGAAACCUUUCACAUAUACACUGAGUGUACAAAACAUUAGGAACACCUGUUCUCUCUAUCCACGACAUAGACUGACCAGGUGAAUCCAGGUGAAAGCUAUGAUCCCUUAUUGAUGUCACUUGUUCAAUCCACUUCCAGCAGUGUAGAUAAAGGGGAGACAGGUUAAAUAAGGAUUAACCAACUCAAUAUCAAGGAGAUGUUUUGUACACUCAGUGUAUAAAAUUUGAUUUCAAUGAUCACUUCACUGAAAUGUUUUGAAUGACCUUGGUAGUUACACUACAUGUUAUUAUAUGCAAUUUGUAUAAGAUACCUGUUAUGUGAACUGUAUGUGGAAAGGUACAAGAAGUGGUUGAGUGGUCUACUGCAGUAGUCUGGGGUUUUGUUUUAAUGUUAAAGUGGAAAUGCAUUCAUUCUAAUUUUGUAAUGUUUGUUUAGAAUUAUGUUCAAUAGAAAUAUUUAUCGAUCAAAGUUACCCUUUCUGUAGUUUAGGGCAGUUUUCCAGCCCUUCUUCAUCUCAUCUUGGUAACUCAUCUUGGACGAGCCUUGGCUUGUACGAACCAAUCUCAUGUUUCUUUUUUGUAGGGGUUGAUACAAUUUUCCUUGGAGGAAAUAAAGUCAGUCAUUUUAAAGUGGAAAUUCCAAACUUUAGAAGCAUUUUUAAAACCUUGAACACACUACAAGUUUGCAUUUUCUUCUUGGUGUACAAGUAUACCUCCUGGACUGGAUGCUAUUCUAUUGCACAGUGUUACCCCGAAUCUGUCUCAUAAAUGCUGAAUGCCAAGCAGAGUCGCACGUGAUCUUUGGUAUGACUCGGCCGGAAGAAUAAACUCCCAGUGUUCCAAUCUCAGGGCGGACACCCGAACCACA